AUGAUGCCACUCGAAGGAUAUACUGUCGAUUAUGCCGAGCCAGAUAAUGGAUUAGUUAUGCAAGAUGCCAAGUACUUUUUCAAAGCUGUCCGCGAAGGGGAUGUUGUAACGUUUGCAACCAAUGAAGAAAAUGAACGACAUAGUUGGGUGCAAGCACUAUAUCGCGCGACAGGUCAAUCGCACAAGCCAACACCGCCUGUCACUGCAACCAAUAAAUCGUCGCAAGGAGCUGGAACUGCAGGACAAAAAGAUCAACAAGAUGCAGAUCGUUCGAAAAAACUUGGUUUUGAUGAAUACAUUCAAAGUGAUCCAUGUAAAUUUGAUCAUCAUGACUUGUUCAAGACACUGCAAACAGCAACAUUAGACUUUCGACUCAGUGAUCCUUACUGUUCGUUGGGCUGGUUAAGUCCGGGACAAAGCUACGUACUCGAAGAAUACUGUUCCCGAUACGGUGUUCGUGGAUGUUUGAGACAUCUCUAUUAUCUAAAUGAUUUACUCGAUCGUGCUGAACAAGGAUUUAUGAUUGAUCCACAAUUACUUCAUUAUAGUUAUGUCUUUUGUGCUUCACAUGUCUCAGGAAGUCGACCGGAUAGCAGCGCAUCAACAGUUACGAUGGAAGAAAAAGAUCGAUUUAAUGAAAUAAAAGAACGGCUGAGAGUGUUUCUUGAACAUCAAGUAACGAGUUUCAGAUUUGCAUUUCCAUUUGGUCGUCCUGAAGGUGCAUUAAAAGCCACGUUAAGUUUACUGGAACGUGUUCUUACUAAAGAUAUUUCCGCUCCCAUAUCUCGUGAUGAGAUACGAUUUUUUAUUCGUAAAUGUCUCGAAAAUGCGGCAUAUACCAACUACACUCGCGUAUCCGACCAAGCGAAAAUCGAAGAGACAAUUUACAAUACCGAUGAUUCCCCACGAAAGAAAAUCGAUGAUCUGAUACAUUUAGCUGAAUUAUGUAUUGAACUAUUACAACAAGAUUCCGAACAUUAUCAAGAAGCAUUCCAACAAUACAAUGAUCUAUUAAUCGAACAUGAAGAAAUCUUCUGGUCGUUAUUCGCUGUUGACAUGGAACAUGUCAUCGAUCAACAGCCGAUUGAAAGUUGGGACUCAUUUCCGCUGUUUCAACUGCUAAACGAUUAUCUUCGUGUACACGAUUCGUUGUCCAAUGGUCGUUUUCAUCAACAAUUACGUGAUACGUUUGCUCCAUUAGUUAUUCGUUACGUUGACCUGAUGGAAUCUUGCAUAGCGCAAUCGAUUCACAAAGGUUUUGAGAAGGAAAAUUGGAAAGCUCGAACUCGUGGAUGUGCAACAAGCGAAGAUAUGCUAUGGAAACUUGAUGCUUUACAAUGUUUCAUCCGAGAUUUGCAUUGGCCCGAUGAAAUGUUCGGAGAACAUUUGGAGAAGCGAUUGAAACAAAUGGCCUCGGAUAUGAUUGAAGCGUGUGGAAAGAGAGUCUCACGACAUUUCGAAAUCUGGAUUAAGAAAGGCGGACUGAUUGGUGGAACAAAUUCUGACUAUUUGCUACCAUCCGAAUGCUGCGUUAUGGUCAAUGUUAUUCUCGAUUGUAAAGCUCAAGCAUUGAAAUUAUGUGCAUUGCAUAGUGGUGAUUUGCAUCAAUAUCAUACGCGUAUUGAUGAGUAUCUAGAGAAAAUCUUGGGUGAAAUGUCACGAGCAUUGAUCCAGAAAUUAGUUAGCGUUUUGGAUUCUGUCUUAAAGAAACUUUCACGUUACGAUGAAGGAUCGUUUUUCGCUCAAAUUCUUUCAUUAACGAAACCAAUUAAUGAAGAUGGACAAGCAUACGUAUCAUGUGUAAAUGCAAAUCUCGAGCAAUUAAGACAGAAAGUUAGUGAUGAAAUCUUUACAUUGAACAUAUUUGAAGAAUGGUAUCGACAACAGACACAUUUUAUUUUCACAUGGCUUGGCGAGCGGACAGAAAUUAGUCUUCAUCCCUAUCAAUUAGCUUGUUUACUACUGAUUGUUAAAAAAACUCACGGUAGUUUUGAAUUGCAAGGCGUGCAAGAAAAAGACUUGAAUUCGCAAGCUUAUCUAACUAUUAUGCAAAGAUUACAUUUCGAAGAAACAGCCAAUGCCGUUAAAUAG